UAACACACCGAAUUCCUCAGCACCCUGAACCCGGCUUACAAUUUCCCAAACUCAGAGAGAGAGAGUGCCAUGGCGUCGGGGUCAAGGGCAGACGCCAAACCCUGCAUCCCUUUUCCGAUACCUAAAAACCGUUCAAUCGCCCAGGUAACCCCGGGGCUGAUUGAUAUCCCCAUAGAAGGAGAUGUAACUCCUGCACAAUUUACGCCAGCGCCUGUCUCCCUAGAAACUGUCACAACAGAAGGACGGGAUCGUAUAAGGGACUGCAUUGCGCGAGCUUUGUCCCUCUUGUCUGAGGAAGAUUAUGAAAGAUAUAAGGUUUCUUUUAAGGCAUCUGACUCUUCUAAAGUUGCUGCUCAAGUGGAGGCUGCGCUGUUUCAAUUUGAACACUCGCCUCCCGAUGAUGACAAACCAUUGGAAGUAAAGCGUCCAGUUCUGUUAGAUACUCUUCGGCGCAACAAAGAUUUGCGCAGACAAGUUCUUUUUGGAGAGAUCACGCCAGAGAUGUUGCUCAACAUGCCCAUAGCCGAACUGCGGCAGAAGUACCCAGCAAACUCACGGCAAAUCUUGCUGCCUCCUUCCCGAGAGCGACGUGUUAUAAGGCUUUGUAUUGCCGGUGGUUUGUCCAAGGUGUCUGAGGAAGUUGAUGAACGAUAUAUGGAUUCUGUCAAUGCAUCUGACCCUUCUAAAGUUGCUGCUCAAGUGGAGGCUGCGCUGUUUAAGCACUGGGGUCCCGAUGAAACGAUGGAACCAGUGGCUUAUAGGUAUUCACUUCUAAUAACUCUUAUUAACAACCCUUGGAACAAAGAUUUGCGCAGACAAGUUCUUCUUGGGGAGAUCACGCCAGAGAUGUUGGCCAACAUGUCCCUAGCCGAAAUGCAACAGUUGAACACGUGGCCGGAGGACGACCCUGUUAUCUUGAUAUAAAACGACUGAUCAAGCCCCUGGAAUUAAGGCUGUGUGUUCUGGUAGGUAGUCUCUUCUUGGAGCUACCUCUGUGUGCUUCUUUCGUGGUUGUUUUCCUCGCACUUGGUCAGACAAAUGUUUCGUCUUCUGAGUAUUUUGUCGUCCCUAGUAUAGUAUAUAUUUCGCUAUUAAGCUUUA